CCGGAAGUUAGGCGAAAUAACGUAUCAAAAUAAACCCCCACGUCAAAUGGCGCGGCCCACGUAUCCUCCUACGGUGGGGAAAGUUGACCUUGAGUUUUAUUUUGACAUUUACAAACCGGAAGUACACGGAGUGUCGUCUGUCUAUUGACACUGGUACAGAAAAGAACAGGAUGUAGCGGUACAUGUUUCGGACUCGCUUCAUACCAAUCCAACCACCACAAGUCCGUCUCUCUUUAUAUGUCGACGCGGUGAGUCGGGUUUGGGGGAUGGGUAGCGCGAGGAUCGCCAGCAGAGACGACUAACGUUUAAACAAUGUCCAACAUCCUCGAUGCGGUGUCCAAAGUAAAAUGGGACCGCACGGCUGCGGCGAAGCGAGCCGUGUUUCUCGCGGCGGCUGCUUACGGCGUCAAAACACUGUACCCCAUCAUCCGCAGGCAGCUCGGCAACAACAAAGACCCCGGGAGUAAUCGCCGGGUUUCAAAGCCGGAGAACGGCUCCACCUGUUUGGCAAAGACGCAGCACAAGAAAGCAUCCCCCGGGGUAAAUGCGGAAUUUUUCAAGCAGAUCUUCGAACUUGGUAAAAUCCUCUUCCCAAAUCUCGUGUCCAAGGAGCUGGGUUUGCUCUGCGUGCAUUCGGUGGCGCUCAUAUCGCGGACGUUUCUGUCUAUUUACGUGGCCAGUUUGGACGGGAAGAUUGUCAAAACGAUAGUGGAGAAGGAACCCAAGAGCUUCAUCUUCCAGCUGAUGAAAUGGCUCCUCAUCGCCAUCCCGGCCACGUUCGUCAACAGCGUCAUCCGGUACCUGGAGUGCAAGCUGGCUCUGGCCUUCCGCACCCGGCUGGUGGACCAUGCCUACCGGACCUACUUCACCGAUCAGACCUACUACAAAGUCAGCAACAUGGACGGGAGGCUCGCCAACCCGGACCAGUCUCUCACGGAGGACGUGAUGAUGUUCUCCCAGUCGGUGGCCCAUCUCUACUCGAACCUCACCAAGCCGAUACUGGACGUGUUGCUCACCUCCUACACGCUGAUACGGACCGCCAGGUCCAGGGGGGCCAACGCCAGCGGGCCCACCUUGCUGGCGGGGCUUGUGGUCUUCAUCACGGCCAAGGUCCUGCGUGCCUGCUCUCCCAAGUUCGGCAAGCUGGUGGCCGAGGAGGCUCACAGGAAGGGCUACCUGCGCUAUGUUCACUCCAGGAUCAUUGCGAAUGCGGAGGAGAUCGCUUUCUACAGGGGACACAAGGUGGAGAUGCGUCAGCUGCAGAAGUGCUACCGGGCCCUGACUGACCAGAUGCACCUGAUCCUGUCCAAGCGUCUCUGGUACAUCAUGGUCGAGCAGUUCCUCAUGAAGUACGUGUGGAGCGCCUGCGGGCUCGUCAUGGUGGCCGUGCCGAUCAUCACAGCGACCGGCUUCGCCGACAACAAAACAGCAGACGGGCAAACGCAUGUGAUGGUGAGCGAGAGGACGGAGGCUUUCACCACCGCCCGCAACCUCUUGGCCUCGGGCGCUGACGCCAUCGAGAGGAUCAUGUCCUCCUACAAAGAGGCGACAGAGCUGGCAGGCUACACCGCACGGGUCCACAACAUGUUUUUGGUCUUUGAGGAGGUCCAGAGGGGCAUUUACAAGCGCUCCACUUUGUCGGCCACGACCGGAGCAAAGAAGAAGAGCAAGCCGGAGAUGCACAUAGAUGGACCACUGGAGAUAAAGGGUGAAGUGAUCGACGUGGACAAUGGCAUCGUGUGCGAGAAUGUCCCAAUUAUUACGCCGAACGGGGACGUUGUAGUGUCCUGUCUGAACGUUAAGGUGGAAGAGGGCAUGCACCUGUUGAUCACGGGGCCUAACGGCUGUGGGAAAAGCUCUCUGUUCAGGAUCCUCAGCGGCUUGUGGCCGGUCUACGGCGGCCGCCUCUACAAACCCUCUCCCCAACAUUUGUUCUACAUCCCUCAGAGGCCAUACAUGUCCAUGGGUUCACUGCGGGACCAGGUGAUCUACCCGGACUCGGAGGAGGACAUGGCUUUCAAAGGCGUCAGUGACAAGGACCUGGACACCAUCUUGGACAUUGUCAACCUCCACCACAUUGUCACCAGAGAAGGAGGCUGGGAUGCUGAGCUGGACUGGAAGGACGUGCUGUCAGGAGGCGAGAAGCAGAGGAUGGGCAUGGCGCGCAUGUUCUACCACAAGCCUAAAUAUGCGCUGUUGGAUGAAUGCACCAGCGCCGUGAGCAUCGAUGUGGAGGGGAAGAUCUUCCAGGCUGCGAAGGACGCCGGCAUCUCUCUGCUCUCCAUCACACACAGACCCUCCCUGUGGAAGUACCACACACACCUGCUGCAGUUCGACGGGGAGGGAGGCUGGCGCUUCGAGCAGCUGGACACGGCGACGCGUCUCUCCCUCACCGAGGAGAAGCAGCGGCUGGAGACUCAGCUGGCCGGCAUUCCCGAGAUGCAGCAUCGCCUCAACGAGCUCUGCAAGAUCCUGGGGGACGACUCUGUCCUCAAAACAGCCGAGGAGUGAGAGGAAGAGGAAGGGAGGGGGGCAGGGGGGCAAGAAGAGGCCCUGAGGGGAAAAGAAUCAAUGGGUGGGUGAGGGGAGGGGGGGGGGGGGGACAAAGAGGCAAUGAAAGAAUAAGAAAUCCGUCGGGGGUUUGUUGGUUUUAUCUUCAGGCUCAGUUUUUCUUUAGCUUGUUUAUAUUUUCUAUCUCGCUCUGAGCCCCUCCUGUUAAAGCGAGGGAGGCUCUUAACGCCGGUCUUUUUUUUUUCGCUCUCCCUCUUCCUUUUUAAUCCCUCCUUUGCUCUCCUCCAACCCGAGAGGUGGCGGGGGGAGAGUGGAGUGGAUUCACAAGUAUUAUCCCCCUCUUCUUGCACACAGGCGGGCAUACACUCAGCUGUAGCUUUUUAGAAGUUUGGUUUUUAGCGCACGUCCUUUUCAGGAUCAAACCGGAUAAAAAAAAAAAGAAAAAAAAAGUGAUAAUUUAUUUGUUUGUUUGUUUGAUAGCACUUUAAUCUGCUUUUAGAGGGCUGUUUCUGUUUGUUGUGGUAGCUCACAGUCAAAUGAGGUGAUAGCUGCAUUUUAGCUGGAAGACUUUUAAUGUAGAAACUCUUAAUUAUGUCCGCAGCAGUAUUCCACACCCAGUGUACUGGGUAGUGCAGGAUCCACAUUUUGUCAUAAUUUAGCAGUUGAUUUUAGUUUUUACUCAACUUAAUGUUUACCUCUUGCUUUUUGAGAGGUCAAACGAGAUUUUUUUUUUCAUGAUGUCACAGUAUGCCUUUGUUUGAUUUUAGUGUGUCCAGUCGCAGUGCAAUCCCUCUCCUUUUACCUCAUCUGAGGCCUUGUUGGGACCCUUGAGCCACAGAUGUGGGCUCAGUUGCACCGGGAGGGGGGGUCUAUUCUCAGAGCGAUCAUGAUUCCAGUACUAUGGAUUUCUGGUUUAUUAAACAAACACAGUCAGCUCCAGAGGCCCUCUUCAAAAGAAGAGGAGCGAAGAGCAAGCCGACCCCGGUAGUCCGGUCUAUAAAUAGCCCCACAUAUACUGUUCAUGGACGGUCAGGUAGCCAUUCAGACUACGUAACGCGUGCAGGCAUCAUCCACCUGUUGAAGCCCCCCAGACCCCACCCCACCCCCUCCCGUGUUGACACAAAACACCCUUGUGUGUCUGCUGUGUGUGCCAGAUGCAUGCUGGGACUCUGCUUUGUCAGCAGUGCUCUGCGGGUCCUUUUGAGCCUGCCACGGGACAAUGGGCCGACACGUUAUGCUAAUUUUACUCGAAGGACACAAUUUGAGGACGCUGUGAGAAAUAUUUUGAUCAACAUUUUGGAUUAUCUUUAAAUAUCACGUGGUGUGUUUUAAGUGCACUGAUAACGACUCCACAAAUGUAUGAGGUCUUACUGGGCUCGACCUAAUUAGUGUAUUCCCACUAAUAUUCAGUAGUAGUACAGUUAGAAGUCAGGCAGGUGGGGAUUUACUUUUUGGCUCAAGGACACAGCAGGUUGGUAACCUCGUGGCUAAUGGCGGCCUUCAUCUUGGUACGCACAGGAACGAAAUUGGUUCCAUUGUUAGCUUUUUCCUCAUUCAGCCUACGAGUUUGUUACCAGCAACUCACCUGAAGUUGUAAUACUGUGAAAUCUGCAAUUUGUUAUAUGAGCAUAAUUGUUGUUCUUAUUGACAACAACAACAACAAACAAGUGCUGAAGCUGUGUGUUCUCAUGUGGUGGUUCUUAAGCUGUGGUUGUGGCUGCUUUCACAGUGUGUUCCUUUCGUGGUUCAGACCUGUGUCCUGCUUAAAGAGUGAGGAAAAGUACAGUUAGGCAGUUUUGCCACCCAGAUUGUACUGAGGGAAACUGAUGGGGAUUAUGGUUUAUGGAGUUUUUUUGAGGUUCCAUGCAUUGAAUUAGGCCUAAAGAAACACAUUUUAGAAGCAAAAUAGCAUUUCUCUCUUCUACGCACCCUCUUUUAGUACAUUACUGAGCCAAUGUAAUGCGUGGAAGCACUUUUGGAACAUUAUUAUGGUUAAAUCUGAAUGUAUUUGCACAACACACAUGACUCAAAGUCAUCUCACUUUUUGGAAACGCCACUAUUUUGUUAUUAUGCCUCUGUUUGGUUAGCACGCCGCCAUGACCGUGUUGACAGAGAACGGACAAUCAAUGGCAGCAGAAUGCAAACGAGUGCACCGCUGUGUUUUCAAACCACAGGUUUGGCUCCUUUAUUGUUUGCAGAGAAAUGAGUACCGGUUUUAGGUAAAUGCACCUGCGUCAACUGCUUUGCUAUGGCACUCAUAAUGUAAAUAGUUGAGUAUGUCUCCCUCAGGCCUUUUGAUAGUCUGAACUGGGGCUGCAUCCAAAGUGCAACCUCUUUGCUCCAUUGAGACUUUUUGCCACCUCCCCUUUUGGCUUUUUGUGAGCAGUCCAUUUGGAUGCAGCCCUGCUCUGCUCAGGAUGAUGGUUGCUAGGUUACAGAAGGACAAAUGUAGAUUUCCCCCCCACCACCAAAUGUGACUAUUCUAUUAAAAAUAGAAAUGUUAAUGCACCCCUUUAUUAUCUUUAGGGGUAAUAGUAACUGUAAUGCUCUCUGAUGGUCUAGUAUUAUAAUCUGGACUGCAAAAAAUUUUUUUUUUAGAAUUUUGCUUUCACUCGCCACACUGGCGGGCCUCUCCGUCAGCGUGUCAGCACCUGCAGGUGACCACCUGGACUAAGUUCUCCUCGUGUCGACUCGGUUGACAGGAGGCCAGACGAGCCGCUGAAUGACACACGAGUCCGUCAAGUGACACCGAAACACGAGGUCAGCUCAAGAGCAGACCGAGUCUGAUGUCCACAGGCAUGACCGCAGCUUUAAUACUAAAACAAGAUGUCAGAAAUACUACUAGUUUGUCUUUAAAAAGGAUUGGACAAUGAAUGAUGAGGUGCCAUUUUCCCCAGCAUGCUUCACAUUCAUGCUUCAGCAUGCCAACAUUAAUUUCUUUCUUUUUUUUAAAUCUAUUUUUCUGGUUUGAUUUGCAUAAAAAUAAACAUGCUGGAUGUUCUCUUUAAUGAAUAUUGAAGCCCAGUACGGAACCCUGUCAAGCCACAGCUAACGCUAGCUAGCUAGUGAACAUGGGGCAAGUCAAACAUUUAGCUUGAAGCUAAAUAGCCAGAUAUUUGCCUUUUUUAGGAGUUCAACGAACAGGCGUUUAAAGGAGGGUCAAUAUUGUAUUUACUCAACGUCAAAAGGAGUGGUAGUGUUGCUCCGUAUGCGUGGCUGUAGCACAGACUGCACAGAAGAAGGGUAGAGGGGGCCAUUGUUUGCUCACCCGUUUGUAAUAUCAACAAGUUAGUUUUCCGUUUGUGCUAACUAGCUUGUUAGUGUGACGCUUGUAUCUGAUAGCAUACUGCUGUGUCUUCAUGUCUGGAGGUGGUUCUGGGCUUACUACAAGAUAGAAAAUAAAUUAAAAUAUCUAUUGAUUUUUAUCUUCGAUCAUGGCACCUCAUUAUUUAUUACCCCCUUCCAGAGACCAGUUAAGAUGGCUGACUGACUUCCCAGUGAAGUUCGGCCUUUAGUGGCCCACGACGCCCUAACUGACACAACUUUGAUACUGAAAGGUUCCCCUUUUAGCUCCCCUUUUGUAAGUAAUCAAUUGAAUGUAUCCAUUAUGUAUGAUAAAGCAUCUCUUGUGAAGAUUAUGAAGACAAUGAAUACACGUGGUCAGUUCAUACAGGUUCCCCUCUGGUUUGAUAAUUGAUUGUUUUUAUGAUAGUGUCGAUAGUGCAUGUGACAUUAUUUUUUAUCAGAGCCAUGUGGUGGUGUUUGAUUUGGGAUUUACUGUACAUGGUGUGGGAUAAUAAGAAGGAAAAUGAAGAGCAUGACCCCGAGUACAGUCGUUCUCAAAGCCAGGGAUUACUACACUUUGUAAUUACUUCAGGAUUACAGUUUGCAAUCAAAACUCCAAGACGUAUAACUGUUUUAUAUUUUUUAAUUUCUGUAACUUCCUUUUAUUAGGAUCUCAUUGUGCAUGUGUAGGAAUCUGUAUUCUUUUAACCUUAGAACCAUGAGAGGUACAUCGGCAUAAAGAUCAUCUGUAUAAACAAAAAUCAUGUGCUACAGUCACUUUAUGUUGAAAGAUGAAGAUGUAUUUUCUUGUUAAUAAAAACAAUACAGUGCAACCUCGA